AUGUCUCAAUUAUGUGCUAAUGCGACAUGCAAACAAAUAUCACAUGUUUUAUGUUAUUGUUGCAAUAAAAAUUUUUGUCUAGAUCAUUUAUUAACUCAUAAUACUUUAAAUAAUUAUAAAUCAAAUUCUUUAAUUGAUCAAAUUAAUAGAUUACAUAAACAACUCAAAAGAUUAAAUAUCGAUAAAAUAGUUGAUGAAAGUCGUUUAAAAUUAGAUAAAUGGCGAGAUAAUAGUCUUAAAAAAGUUCAUCAUUUUUAUGAUACAAAAUGUGAAGAACUUGAUCGAUAUUAUACUGGAAAAGUUCGUCAACAACAAAAAGAAAUUGAACAAUUAUAUAAAAAAUUAAAUGAACUUAAUCAAAAACAAGAUACGAUUGAUGAAAAUAAUAUUAAUGAAUUACAAACAAAUAUUCUUCAUCUAAAACAUAAAAUAGAUAAAAUCGAACAAAAAAUUAUUCCAAUCAAUAUUCGUGCUUUAACCAUUGAUAACAAUUUAAUUAUUAUUGGAGAAAUGAAAAUAAAAGGAUUUGAUUUAACAGCACUUUCAUUACCUUAUCAAACAUUUAAUAUUUCUGAAAAUUUUGAAUUAGGAUUAGCCAGUAAUAAUCAAUAUUUAUUAAUCGAUCAAAAUUCUGAUUUAAUUUUAUUUGAUAAAGAUUUAACAAUUAUUCAACAAUCUACAUGGGACUAUGGUGUUAUUCAUGAUUUCUGUUGGUCAUCAGGAUUAGUUAGUUUUAUUGUAAUUACAGAGCAGAGUAAAGCAUUUUUAGUUAGUGGAAAUAAUUUAUCAAUUAAUUCUAUUGAAGGAAUAGAUAAUCAUUUAUGGAUAUCAUGUACAUGUUCGAAUUCAUUCUUAUAUCUAACAACACUUAGUAAUAGUAUUGCUGAAUUCUCUCUUUUGCCAUCAUUUUCUUGUAUGAGACGAUGGGAUCCUCCAACGACUUGUAAAGAAAAUGAAUUUAUUAAAGAUAUUAAUUGUAAUGAUGACAAAAUUGCUUUAAUAAUCGUACAUUUUUCGGAUAAAAUAAUACAUUUAAUAGUUCGAUCUUUAACAACAUUUGAUCAAUUAUUUUCGAUUCGUCUAGAUAUAAAACAUCUAUCAUAUCAAUUACCAAUUCGUUGUUGUCCUCUUAAAAAUAAUGAAUGGCUUGUUAUCGAAGCAAAUACAUCACAAUUUUUUCAUAUUGGUAAAGAUGGAAAAUUGAAAGGAACACUUACGUAUGAUCAACCACCUUACAAUGCUCUUUUAUUCGAGUCAAAUACACUCGUGAUACGGACUGAUAGUACAAUUAAUUUUCAUGAAGUUUUACAUUGA